AUGUCGGCGCAGCGUCUACAAGCGGCUCCGCGGCACCAGCCGUGGGGAGCGGACGCGGGACACACUGCAAAAACGAAGGUGGCUGACAGAGAUGUUCUUUAUGAUUUGCCACUCGACUCCUCCGGAGGAGAUCAGACAACGAAUGCUGUGUUGCCUGUUUGUGGUGAAGACAGAGUUUCGGCGUCUCAUUCUGGCUUCACAUCAGUGGCCACAGAUGGAGGCGAGAAAGGUCGAUGCACGCCCGGCAGUAUGUACAGGAAGGGACAAGACGAUAGCGCCUCACGUGGACAGCAUCUCUGCAGUCUUCAAAUAGGAGCAGAGAAAUCGGACGAGCGCGCGGAUGCGUUGCAGCAUGCGGCAGACGGGGCGCAGCAGCAAAGUCUGUUGGUGCCGUGUUUGGCCGUUUUUUCCAGCAACUAUAACUUCACGGUUACCUCCAUUGCGUUGUUUUUGAUGAACCAAGACCCGGUUUACAAGGAGGCAAGUGAAAGCGUAGUGGGCAGCAGCACGGUGAAGAUGCUUUCGUAUGCGGGGGCCAUUGUUGGGAUGUGUACAAUGGGAUACUUGGGAGAUCUUAUCGGGCGAAGGCUGGCUAUGAUCUUCACUCUUGCUUUGGUUUUCAUAGGGGCGUUUCUUUCAUCAAUUUGUACCUGGGGAAACGGCGUCACAGUCCUCGUUAUAAUGGGCGUAUGCAGAUUUAUUCUUGGUGUCGGUUCUGGCGGUGUCUACCCCCUGUCGGCUGUGAGCGCAGCAGAAGGCGCUGGCACAGAGAGAUCUGAGGACCGUAGCAUGCGAGUGUCGUGGGCUUAUAGCAUGAAUGUUCCAGGGAUUAUGUUUCCCUAUAUAGUCGCGCUUGUUCUGUGGUCUGCUACUCACAAUGUGGACACCUGUUUCCGUGUCCUUCUUGCGUUUGGUGCGCUGCCCGCCCUGCUCAUCUGGCUACCCGCGUGGCGAGUGAGGGAGGAAAGAAACCGAGUGGCCAAGGAUUUCGGAAAGCACCUGGUCGGUGUCUUUGUCAGUCGAAACUAUUGGCGGCAGCUUCUUGGCACCGGCGUAUGCUGGUUGCUGUACGACGUGACCGCCUACGGUAUCUUGCUAGUUCAGCCAGAGAUCACACAGUCGAUUUGGGGCGAUCGCGUAUCUGUCACGGAUGUGAUUUGGCAGAAUAUCAUUUUGAAUGGAAUGGGGAUCCCCGGAUGUUUCAUGGGCAUUCUUGUCCUCAAGCAGAUGGGUGUGAAAUGGCUGCAGUUCUGGGGAUUCAUUGGUUUGGCUACUUCUGCCUUCCUUCUAGCCGGCACUGCUCACGUGCUGCGGGGUAAAGCGUGGGCUCAGCUUAUUCUUCUGUGUACCGUCAACUUCUUCAUCAACUGGGGCGCAUCCAUCACCACAUUCAUUCUCCCUUCCCUUGUUUUUCCUCCGGAAGUCCGCAGCACGUAUUCGGGAAUCAGCGCGGCAUUGGGCAAAAUCGGCGCAGUCGGCGGAAUCUAUGCUAUGAAAGCAAUCCUCAGCGCCGGUGGUCUCAUGCCUAUGAUGAUAUGCGCGGGCCUCCCCUCCCUUGCGGCAGCCGUAUUGACAUGGUUUUAUGUGGAUCCUGUGCCGAACACGCUGCGCAGCUCGUUUCUCCAGAGUUUCGGAAGUCUCGGAGGGGCAUGCCCCUUCGUGGACUGUCGUAAAUCUCGCAGGGGCUCGCGGACGUUUAUGUAG